GCAUUGGAUGAUGAGUUUGUUCUGCAAUAGAAGAAUGAGUGUCUCUAAGUGGGUGCAUCCUGUUUCCAAAAGAAUUAUGGACAUCAUUGAGAAAAACAAGAAUGUUGCUAAGCAUUGUUUCCCUAUGCUUGCUGGAGGUGGUAAGUUCCAGGUAAAUUUAUUGCAAAGCAUCAAUGCUCAGUCAUUUGUUGUGAACUUGGAAACGAAAACAUGCACAUGUAGGCUAUUCCAAUUGUCUGGCAUACCAUGUGGGCAUGCUUUAGCUGCUAUCUGGUUUUCAAACCUAGAUCCAGUGGGAUUCAUAGAUGACUACUACAAGAGGCAAGCAUAUGAAGAAACUUAUGCGACACCAAUCGAACCAAUGCCUAGCCCAGAUAAGUGGCCUGACACUGGUCUGAAUCCGAUACAUCCUCCAACAGAGACAAUUUUACCUGGAAGGCCUAAAAAGUCUAGAAACAAAGAGGCAGAUGAACCACCACCUACUACUGCAACAAAGGCUAGGAGAGUUGGCCAAGUUAAUCACUGCAGCAAUUGUAAGCAAACAGGCCAUUCACGAGUAACAUGCAAGAAUGCAACUAUGGAGCCUGCAAGGCAAAAAAAGAGAGGAAGACCACCAUCUCAGAAUCCUACUACUGAAACUAUUAAAAGGAAGGAGCGAGCUAAGAGACAGAAGCAAAGGAAUGGUGGUUCCACAUCUCAGACCAACUAAGAAGCUGCUCUUUAAUCUUA